ACGAACAAGAGGCCACUGAAGAUGAUACUCUGCAAACUCCUGCACACAGUGAUGUGUGCAUACCUCUGUUAGAAGGAUGGAAUGGAUUUCCCUUUAUUACAAGACUUCUCGGCACCUGUUGACACUCUGACAUUAUUUUCAGCUGAAGAACCGCUAAGUCCUGGAUUUCUCCACUGUCGCCCAGAGGAAACUUUGCACAAAAUCUGUGAAGUUUGAACAAGCAGCCUUCCCAAGAUGUACCGAAUAUCUCAACUGAUGUUAACACCAGUGGCAAGUAAAUGUUCUUCUGACUCUGAGAGAAGAUAUACUGGAGAGCCAUCUUCCACAUGUGUUUUCCCAAGUUUUGCCUAUGAUUUCCUAGAUGGUGACACUUCCUUUGAAUGCUGCUCUGUAGAUCUCCAGACAGCCUCCCACUUUGCCUGUCGCCGAAGUCCCAGACUCCUCUCCAAUGGCUACUACACUUGGACAGAAGACAGUUUCCUCUGUGACAAAGAUGGCAACAUAACUCUGAGCCCACCCCAGACCAGUGUCCUUUACAAGGAGAAUUUAGUGAGAAUAUUUAGAAAGAAAAAGAGAAUCCGCCGUUCCUUUCCUAAUCUCUUCAACCUCGGUGCCUCUAAAUCCUGGCUGCAUGGAAACAUCUUUGGUGAUGUUGACUCUUCCCUAAGUGAGGACACCCGGUUAGAGGGGGUCAGGAGGCUGGACAUGUACCAUUGCAAUGAAGUCGGAGGGGAUUCUGACCGUUCCCUGACGGAUGCCUGGGAGUCAGAGCAGCCGAAUGCAGCCUCCUCCCCCAACCAUGCGGUGUCUCCGACUUCGAGACAAAACUCCCACGACAGGCCUCUUCAGUCUCAUGUGAUGGCUUCUGAACAUUUCCUGGGGAACAUAUUGGAACAUGCAAAAACCAGUUUGUGGCGAGAGGUCUCCUUUCCAGCAAUUCUGCUGGCUGUGUGCUUCAUCAUCUGCGCAUGUGCAAGAUGGUUUCUGGGAGGAAUAUUAGCCAGUGUCUUCACAUGCUCAUUGAUGAUAACUAUUGCCUACACUGUCAAGUCGUUAUUUCUUGGCCUUGCCAGCUAUGUCAAAUCCACCAUCUAUGCUCAGUUUGCCAAAAUUUGACAACCAUUUAGGAGUGUCUCUGAUGAAUGCCUUCAAUCUGAAUAUCCAGAAAUUGUCUGAUUUGCAGUCUG